GUAGAGAGCAUCACGCAGCAUCAUAUUUUAAGGACGGAAGCAAGUAAAGGAAAGGUACAAUAAAAACACGCAACAUACCCUAAGUUGGAAAAACAGAGGAAAACACACCAAAGUGUGUAAUUGAUGCCGGAAAUGAACAAACUCGUGAUGUCAGGAGGGGACAGGCACAGAGAGAAGUUGCUAGGUUGUGUGAGCAAGUAAAGAAACGUGUUAUUGCAGCAGUGACUGGAAGAGCAGGCAGACUCGAGGGUGUGGAUUUAACACGGAUGCUGGUUAUGUGAUAUUAUUGGACUCGUAAUUUACGUUCCUUUUCGUGUGGGGUAUUUACACAACAUUCACUUCUUCCCACAGGCUCCCCAGCCAGACAGUAAGUGACGAUGAAAGGAUUCGCGUUGGAGCAGAUAACAGAUUUCACUGAUUUUACCAGAGGCGGCGAUUUGACCGAGUUUUUAAAGCAAACUGAUAAUGUGUUUAAUAUGAAUAACUGUCGUUCUCAUCCUGUCCGGGUCAGCCCAGAUGCACAGCACAUCCACGCCAUUCUUCAAAAACCAAAGCGGGGUCUGGUGACUUUUGACAGGAUCCAGAGAGUCGCUGUCGCUCAGAGCCCCAGCUAUUUGGACACGGGCUCCGCCCUGUCGGUUCCGAUAGUGGAGCUGCUGUAUUUAGACAGCGGCAGCAAAGACAGCUCGGCGCUGGUCGCAGUGAUUCUUGAAAACGGUAAAGCGGAGUUUUGGAAAUACUGGGAGAGAAAAGCUGGCUGGGAUUUGUUGCAGACUUCAGACCUGUGCAACAGCUCCAGGGCUAAAGUGGUUUCAGUUUGCUCCAGCGGCAAGUUCAUAAUCUGGUGUGAAGAGAGAGCCGCUUCAGAAAGCGUUUCAGCUUUCCCCGCAGCGCGUAACAACUUCAGAUACUGCAUCUGCAAAAGAACUUACGAGCGCGAGGAGCGGGGUGUCCGCUUAGGGGGUGUUAAAAUAACCUUACACAACAGCCCGUGUUACAGGGUCCUGGCAGCGCGGGGGGAUGUUGUUUACCUGCUCCCAGACAAUCAGGAGGCAGCCGCUGGCAACGGCUCCAAAUUCUUCCUCACUUGGUCCCCUAAACAGGACAGGAUGACUAUCAGCAGUGUGUGCAAAGGAGCACUGCUGAGCAAAACCCUACACUCUACCAAAAAGGAUUCUGAUUACAAGACAAUGAUUUCAGAGUGCGUUGGAAUGCUGGCCACAAUCAGCCCCCCAGAAAUCUGUUCUGUUGCCCCUACCAGCUGCGGUGGGCUACUCUUGCUUCUCAGCUCAGGCUGCAUUAGUUUAUUGCAAAGUGAUGGAGUUCUGCGGCAGAUCUACACCCUGGCAUUAAGCUGCCCACUGGACUGUAGCAAUCAGAUCAGCAUGCAGAUCUACGGCAGUACCCUGGCUUGCAUUGUGUACAGGACGCUGUACCUGGUUGACACCAGCACUGGCAGGCUGCUGGAGAACAUUACACUGAAGACCGAUGGCAUGCUCUUUCUAAACUCCAGGGAGAAGAAUGGCAUCCACUUCCUUUCCAGUACAGGGAUGUACUUGGUGAAGGAGUUGGGGGUGGACCCCACCAGCAAGCAGCUGGGCUGCUCUGACACCGCCAGACCAGAUGCUGCCUUGGUGGAGGCAGUCUUCGAAGAAGCCUGCAGGUACUACCAGCGCCGGAGCCUGAGCAGCACACAGCUGACCGUGGAGAAACUGAAAAGCGGGGGCAUGUUCCAGGCGCCCAUCGCCCUGUCUUCCAUUCUCGGGGUCUACAUGAAAACCAAGAAAGACAGUGAGUUGCCGCAGGGGGGAGGUGGUUACUCCAAGCUGCUGGCAUCGUUGGGCACGGAGCUAGAGAGCUUGGUGGCCUUGGAGCAGCUCAAGGCAUCGGUUGUCAGCGCCUCCGACAGAAAGCUGAGUAUCUCUUGUGAAACUCUGGUGGGGCAAGAGGUGAACCGCCUCCUCUUCUCAGACCUGGACAGAGACAAUCUGCUGUACCUGAACGUCAUUUUUAAAACCUUCCCCCGGGAGUUUUGGCAAGCCCUGCAGGCUAGUUUGCGACUCGGGUCCAAUGGAGAGGGCUUCCUAACAGCCAAGGCAGCCCCAGAGGUCUGGAAGACGGUCCUGAGCCCCGUGCAAUCAGCCCCGGCACCUCUCUCCAGCAGCCAGCAGCAGACCCCCUCUAACGGAGCAGUGCCUGUCUUUGAGCUCAUCUGCCACUCCCUUUUCACCUUCCAGCCCAAGUGGCUGUCCAGAUUUGUUGAGCUGGCGCAGCAGCAAGCAGGCGCCUCUUCCUGGAACCAUGGGGGCAAGGAGAGCCCGGAGAGCGUCCCCUUGUACAAGCGGGCCCUGCGUGUGCUGCCGAGGGAGGGGCAGGCGCAGGAGUUGCAGGUGGAGCUCUUGCUCUGCAGCCAGAGACCCAACGCUGUCAUGCAGGCCAUGCGCAUCCUGCUGGAACUCCGGCACUGGGAGAGGGUAGCUGAAGUGGCCCAGCGCUUCUCUCAACAGAGCCCCCUGCUCAACAAGGAGAUCUUCACCACCCUUCUCUGUGAGGUCUCACAGCACCGGGAUCUGGACCCAUACCUUGACCUACUUUGGACUUUGUGUCCCGAAGACAUGACUGUCACCAGCAUCCUAAAUAUUGUGCUUAAAAGCCUGCCUCCAUGCGGAAGUGAGCACAAACCAUUCAGAACCGACAGGAACCAGAUGACCAUCGGGAUGCUGAAGCCACUGUUGAACAAAGUGCUGCAAAGAGAGACCAAGCCAAGCCAAAGGUAUGCGGACAUCCUCCAGUCCCCUUCCUUUCCCCCUCCCACUCCUCCGAGGCAGCCUCACACUGUGCCCAGGUCAGUCACAGAGCCCGCCAUGCCCACUGUCUCUGCGCCGAGCAUCUCAUCUAGUGUGAACAACACCAGCGUGGAUAAAGGCUGUUCCAGUCCCCGUCAUGAGAAUAAAUAGCAGCUCUGCACACAUUCUCACCUCUGGGGACUAAUGGAGAAGAUACCCUAUAAGCGAAAUCACCAAAGAGAUUUAAAACCUUGCUGUAAUAGAGCAAAGAUAAAAUAUAGAAGAAAAGUUAGGGUACACAUUCUCUUAACCAAAAUUUUUUUAUUUAAAAAUAAAAGGUGGUUUGGCUGUAUUCCACACGUUUUCAAGAGGUCAUUCUUUGUUGUCAAAGCAUAAGGCCAAUGGACUGGCUUUUGUUUUCAGUUCCAAAUAUGCAGCCAAAGCAGUUUUACAAUCAAGGCUGUGGUUUUUCAAAGCGGUGCAGAUGUAUUAUAUAUCUGCCUGGAUAUUACCCUGCAGCCUGCUGUAGAAAUGGGAUUUGUGUGCUGCUGACUAAACAGAUGCAUUGCAAACUGUAGAAUCAGUGCCGUGACAAAGUUAAAAUGCCACUAAAGCAGCACUAGCAAAGGGCAUGGAACAAAGUGAGUAUAUCAUGUAGCGCACUGUAGAUACCAUUCCUGCUCUUGGUGGCUGAACAAAAUGCAAUGCAGCCAUUCGAUUUCAGUUCUUAUCUCAAGUUUGAGCUUCCUUUUAAAGGUAAUGAUGAACUCUCAGUAAAGCUGCUGCUUGUGUUUAAUACCCGAUCACACACCUGCCUAUUUGCCUGUUUGUAGGAUGUAGCCAAUGUUGAUGUCUGCAUUGUGCACUCGCUCACUCACUCACUGAGAUAUGCAUAUGCACACUCCUCAGAACAAUCGGCAUCUUUAAAGACAAUGACACACUGAAUCAUAUUCCACUGUGGUGAAUUCAAUCAGUUAGAUAAAGACAGCAGUCCAGUGUUCUGGGGAAGCUCUGUUUCACACUUUUCAUUAAAGUUUGGUGACCUUCUAUAUAUUACACACGUGUAUAUAUGUAAUGUAUAUAGCUACAAAAAUAGCAUGGUAUGUUUUAUUUAUUAGGUACCCUACAUAUGUUGAUUUUAAUAUAAGGUAGAAAGAGCCUAAAUUAGUUGAACCCAUAUUAUUUGAAUUUCUUUGAGAGAAAGUAUAUUAUUUGCAUUGUUAAGAUGUAGACAUCUCUAUCUUCUGUCCUAACCCUUGUAAUAUAUCUUGUAUAAUGUAGAUUGAGUCCAUGUGCAGUGUCUGUGUGUGCAGGGCCAUGCCUCUGCAGAAUGAAGCAGUGUCUAUGUGUGCACAGCCAUGCCUAUCUGCAGAAUGAAGCAGUGUAUGUGUGUGCAGGGCCACGCCUCUCUGCAGAAUGAAGCAGUGUCUGUGUGUGCACAGCCAUGCCUAUCUGCAGAAUGAAGCAGUGUCUAUGUGUGCACAGCCAUGCCUCUCUGCAGAAUGAAGCAGUGUCUAUGUGUGCACAGCCAUGCCUCUCUGCAGAAUGAAGCAGUGUCUAUGUGUGCACAGCCAUGCCUCUCUGCAGAAUGAAGCAGUGUCUAUGUGUGCACAGCCAUGCCUCUCUGCAGAAUGAAGCAGUGUCUAUGUGUGCACAGCCAUGCCUCUCUGCA